UCACCUUCUUUCUCUCUCUCUCUCUAACUCUUGAGCUGUUAUCUCUGCCAAACCUUAGCUAGUGUUUUUCUGACAUGUCCGAAGCAAGAAGAACUCAUCAGUGAUUGUAACUUGAGCUCAUUCCCAUGGCGUGUCUCUCUUUUCCACAGUUUCUUUUACCUACCAGGUGCCAGGUGACAUGGUCCUAUUGUUAUGCUUCUUUUAAUGUAGUGAAGCUUGGGGAACUCAGGUCUAGGUGUAAAUCUGGUCAUGUGGCAAUGGCAAGGAAGAAAGCAGCUUCUCUAGACUCUGUUGUAGAAGAACCCAGUGAAAAUGAAUCUGUUGUGGAAAAGAAGGCAACUAAAACUAAGAAGGCCACUGUGAGGAAAAAGAAAAAACCAGUAGCUGAGUCUCCUGAGGGGGAUACUGAUUUGUUGGUUGAUGGAGAUGACACCGAUAUUGUAGAAGGCUCGUCUCUCUCCAGUGCUGAUUCUAAGAAGAAAACUCGAAAGACUCGAAGAAAAGAUACGUCUAAUUCUGCUGACUUGGAAGAAGAGAAGGAGCUCAAGGAAGAGAAAAAGGUUAGUAGAAGAGGAAGGAAACCUAAAGAGGAGAACAUAGUUUUAGAGGAUAAAAUUGAUGAGGUUGAGGUCAAUGACCAAGAUGAGCCUUCAUUUAUUGAUCACGUGGAGGAUGAGAGUGACGUCGGCUUGGAACUGAUAAAAGACGAUGGAGAGGACAUUAGCUUUACUUAUGGUUGGCCUCCCCUUGUUUGUUGCUUUGGAUCUGCACAGCAUGCUUUUGUGCCUUCAGGGAGGCCUUCCAAUAGGCUUAUAAAUCAUGAAAUCCAUGAAACAAUGCAGGAAACCCUGUGGAGCCCUGAAAAAUUUGUUAGGGCUCCUGGGGGCUCUGCUGGUAGUGUUGCCAUUGCUCUUGCAAGCUUGGGUGGCAAGGUUGCUUUCAUGGGAAAACUUGCAGAUGAUGAAUAUGGUCAAGCAAUGUUGUACUAUAUGAAUGUAAAUAAUGUUCAAACCCGAUCAGUCUGUAUUGAUGGUAAAAGGGCAACAGCCGUAUCACAGAUGAAGAUUGGUAAACGGAGUCGACUUAAAAUGAGUUGUAUAAAACCAUGUGCUGAAGAUUGCUUGACAAAGCCAGAGAUAAAUAUGGAUGUGAUGAAAGAGACAAAAAUGUUCUACUUCAACACUCAUUCCCUGCUUGAUCGUAACAUGAGAUCAACUACAAUGCAAGCCAUUAAGAUUGCAAAGCAUUUUGGAGCGGUUGUUUUCUACGAUUUAAACCUUCCUAUGCCAUUAUGGCACUCUCUGGAAGAAACUAAGAUGUUCAUUCAGCAAGCGUGGAAUCUUGCAGACAUUAUUGAGGUCACUAAGCAAGAACUGGAGUUCUUAUGUGGGAUCACACCAUCUGAAGAAUUUGACACAAAAAGUAAUGCCAGGUCAAAGUUUGUCCAUUAUGAACCUGAAGUGAUUGCACCACUAUGGCAUGAAAAUCUCAAGGUUUUGUUUGUGACUAAUGGAACUUCCAAGAUACAUUACUACACUAGUGAGCUCGAUGGUGCUGUUAGUGGGAUGGAGGAUCCCCCGAUUACCCCUUUCACUUCUGAUAUGUCAGCAACUGGAGAUGGCAUUGUUGCAGCUAUCAUGCGGAUGCUGUCAGUUCAACCUGAAUUGAUAACUGAUAAAGGGUACCUGGAGCAUACCAUUAAGUACGCAAUUGAUUGUGGUGUUAUAGAUCAAUGGAUCCUCGGCCGAGUACGUGGCUUUCCUCCACGUGAAGAUAUGGAGGAUGUUACUCCUGAUCCUUAUGGUAUAAAGUCAAUUACAGAAACAGAGUACCGCACGGUGUUAGAACCUGUUAGUUAAUCCAGGUGAUUCGCCGAGUCACAUAAGUUUUGUACCUUGUAUUUCUCAUAGUGAAGCCUUCAUUCCUUGUAUAGAUAACUGAGUGUUUUAUUUAGUGAUUUGUUUGUUUCUGUGUUAUCCACUGCUAGAGGUUAUAUUACCUUAGUGCUUAGGGUUUUGUAUUUCCAAUUUUUUGGGUUGUAGCAUUGCCAUUAUAAUCAAAGAUCAAGAUUCCACUUUA